AUGAAAUUUGACAGCAUACUUUCAGAAAUCAAUGGAUUUGGAGCAUUUCAGACAAAACUAGUUUUAAUACAAUUGUUCUCUCGGAUUGUUUUGCCAUGCCACUUUCUGCUGAAUAACUUCAUGGCAGCUGUUCCCUCUCAUCACUGUAACGUCUCAGCUCUGGAUGACGGAGGCCUGUUUGGCAAUUUAACUCUGGAGCAGAAACUGUCCACCAGUAUUCCAGCAGAGCAGGACGGGACGCUCAGCCCCUGUUUGAUGUUCUCAAAGCUACAAUAUCAACAUCUGGGCUUCUCCAACAGCAGUGAGGAAACAUCUACUGUUCAGUGUCAGGAUGGAUGGGUGUAUGACAAUAGCACAUUUAAAACAACUUUGGCAACAGAGUGGGAUCUAGUGUGCAGCAGAAAAGGGAUGAACAAGUUAACAGCCACCGUGUUUUUCGUUGGUGUGAUGGCAGGAGCCCCAGUAUUUGGGUAUCUCAGUGACAGGUUUGGGCGACGGCCAUUGCUGUUGGUGUCUUAUUUGUUAUCUAUGACGUUUGCCAUCCUGAGUGCUUUCUCGACUUCAUAUGUUAUGUUUGUCAUCAUGAGAUUUUUCACCGGGAUGUCCCUCUCAGGCAUAAGUAUUAUCUCCUAUGUUUUGAAUGUUGAGUGGUUUGGCAUUCAGCAUCGGACCUUCUCUGGUGUCCUUUUAAGCCUGGAUUGGACUCUAGGGACCUGGAUCCUGACAGGGAUAGCAUACGGUGUCAAUGAGUGGAGGAUGCUCAUCCUGGCAGUGACCUCUCCCCUCGUUGUGUCCACCAUUGCCUGGAAGUGGCUCCCAGAGUCUGCGAGAUGGCUCCUGGCCAACGAAAAAGCAGAAGCUGCUCAUGAGUAUUUAAUAAAAUGUGCUGAGAUGAACAACAGAACCAAGAGUAUGGACACCAUCACACCAAGGGCACUACUGGAGUCUGUGCAGGCUGAAACUGUAGAUCAGAAGUACACUGUAGUGGAUCUUUUCAAGACCCCAAACAUCAGAAAGAUUUCUAUUUACUCAGGGAUUGUAUGGUAUGGAGUUGCAUUUACAUAUUACGGAAUAAGCUUGAAUAUUAGUGGGUUUGGACUAAACCCAUACCUCACACAGUUCGUAUUUACAGUCAUUGAAAUGCCAGUGAAGAUUGGUGUGUACUUUUUCCUGGAGAAACUUGGCAGAAGGCCUGGUGAGAUGACAGCCCUGCUGAUGACAGGUCUCUGUCUGUUCAUCAACAUAUUUGUUCCAAAAGGUCAGUGGGUCGUUCGUACUAUUGUUGGAGUCAUUGGAAAAGGGAUGUCAGAGGCCUCCUUCACGAUUGUAUACCUCUACACAGCAGAACUCUUUCCUACAGUCGUACGACAGAACUCUCUAGGCUACAACUCAUUUGUAGCGCGGCUGGGCGUCUCCAUUUCUCCACUCAUCAUUCUCCUGGAGGACGUGUGGCAUCCUCUCCCUGCAGCUACGUACUGUGCUGUGGCGGUGGGAUCUGGCUUAGUGACAUCACUUCUGCCUGAAACAUUAAACACCCAGCUGCCACAGUACAUCGAAGACGUUGAGCAAAGGUAA